GAUAACUCCCUGCCUUAACAAAGGAGGGGAUACUCUCACCGGCCUCGACUUCUGCACGUUCUCAGCUUUGCACAACUGUGUUCCCAAAUGGAGAGGAUGCAGGGAGAGGGAGAGGUGGACCUCCUGGAGCGACCAAGCCCUCUGACUGACAAGGAGAGGGUGAUGAUUCAGGACUCCUGGGCAAAAGUCUACCAGAACUGUGAUGAUGUUGGGGUGACCAUACUAGUAAGGCUGUUUGUGAACUUCCCCUCAUCCAAGCAGUACUUCAGCAAGUUCAAGCAUAUCGAGGACCCGGAAGAUCUGGAAAGGAGUGUUCAGCUUAGGAAUCAUGCUCACAGAGUCAUGAAUGCCAUAAAUACACUGGUGGAGAACCUUGACAACUCAGACAAGGUGGCCUCAGUGCUGAAGCUGGUGGGCAAGGCCCAUGCACUCCGACACAAGGUGGAGCCUGUGUACUUUAAGAUCCUUAGUGGUGUGAUACUGGAAGUCCUAGGAGAAGAGUUUCCAGAGGUUGUGACCGCAGAGGUGGCCGCGGCGUGGACCAAACUCUUGGCUACAGUCUACUGCAGCAUCACGGCUGUCUAUGAGGAAGUGGGCUGGACUAAGCUCUCAACCUCAGCUGUGUGAAGCUUUUAGUCUGGGUUUAGUGGACCAUGAACACCCAGAGAGUUCUCAUUUUUAGGCCAUGGCCUUCCAGGAGAGGGAAUACAGUUUAAUGUAAUCAUGGGCCAUGGAACAUACACUCUAAAUAAGAACAGGUACCUCACCCUUUUUAGGGUUAAUUGUGUGGGUAUGUGUGGGUGUGUGUGCGUGUGUGUGUUUGUGAGAGAGAGGGGGACAGAAAAAACAAAGCUACCCUUGUUUUUUACACUCUUGUAAACCAUUUAAAGGAGAGAGCAAAGAGGAAUAAAAUGCAAAAGUAAACCCAAAAAUCACAGAGAGGUCACACAUGACUUGGAUGUGCCUUCUACCGAAUGUAUAGGCUAUAUCUGAAAACUGCCAAGUAAAAAUAAAUCUUUCGAGAUGUGUUUUUCUGAUAUUUCCUUGUAUCAGUCUGUAUCCAUUGUGUCCCCGUUUAUGAUAUUAAACAAGGCAUGUUUAGGUUUUAAGCUGUUAAUUGUGAUGGUUUUACAUUUUUUCCAUUAUGACACUUACCUUUGUAUCUGCAUUUAACAACAUUUUGAAAUAAAAAUAAUAAUCAAA